GUCCGACGGCAUUUUCAGUUGCGCCCCCACGCCUCUUCAACGCAUCCACGCUAACAGCAGGAUCAACUCAUGUCACCCUUUCGUUCCUCCUCCCAUCAUGCAGCCCUACUUUGAGACUGUAAAGUCGUUUGCAGAUGUUCCCGUUCAUCCUGAAGGCAUCGAUACACGUGCAUUUCUCGAAGCCUCAGAUGGUUUAGUAGGCAUGUUCGACCUCCUCGGAACAGGCGUAUUCGGAUUCGUACAGGCUGAUAUUCGGUCGAAUAUCAAGGAUGUCCGUUCUCAAUACGAGUCUAUAGAUCCAGCACCAGUGACGGUCGAAUGCAUGCUGCCAGGAUCAUGUGCACCUUCGCUCACCCGUCUCGUGCGGGGCCUCGCCUUCACCUGUCUCGCGCUGCAGAACAUGCAGGCAGAUCCCUCGCGUGAUCUGCAUGUCUGCUUCAAGACCUCAUAUGACACUGUUUUGAAGCACCAUCACUCUUUCGUCAUCAGGUCGGUGGUAUACAUCGCCCUCCGUGCGGUACCCCACCGUAAGGACUUCUACAAUCGCAUUGCCCAAGGCGCGCCGCAUGAUAAACUGGAUGAGGAUAUGCGUCGCUGGUUGACGGGUCUUGAUGGGAUUGUUCAGCGUCUGAAAGAAUUUCUGAAACAAGGAGGAUUUGGCACAGUGUGAUCAUGAAUUGGGAAUUCAAUGCACCUUUUUGUAUAGAGUUCUAGUAGACCUAUAGAAUGGGACUAGUGAUGCCGUCCUCUCUGAAUCCAAAGUGUACUGCAUCAAUGUUUUAAAGUGUUUUACACGUCGUCCGAUGAGAUAUGUUCAUGAACCAUCUAGUGCUUGCAUCCUCGCGAGCCUUGUAUGCGCGCGGUUUGUCGGGAGAUCCACAGAGCGGUAGGACUGGUCUCGCCCCCCAGCAGGAACAAUUUAGUGUUGACUUG